AUGACAUUCAAUGUUCAACUGUACGAACGUGUGAAUGGAGACAAAUCGAUUAUAGCCGCUUUUAUUCAAAAAUAUCAACCAGACAUACUCUGUCGUUUCGAUGAUGUCAAAUAUUUAAAUCUUAUAAAUGUACGAAAAAAUGAAUUAAAACUUUUAGUUGACAAAUAUCAUCCCGAUUUGAUUGUUGGAGAUUUUAAUGCGGAAACUGAUGUAAAUUUUUCUAAAAAUAUUCUAAAAAAUUAUGAUAUUUAUAAGAAUGCAACACAAUCAAAGAGAGAAAAACAAUUUUUAGACUAUUAUAUGUCCGCUAGUAAUUAUUUGAAAUCGUUAAAUUUUAAACCGGCUUAUACCGAACAACAAGUGAAACAAACAAGUGUAUUCGGUGGUGUGCCCGACUGGAUUUGGACUAAAGUCGGAGCAGAAGACGUAAUCAAUUUUCAAAUAGGGGAUGCACUAAGUGAAAACCUUUCUGAUCACAAUGCGGUCAUGGUUACAUUUAAAAUAAAAAGCUAG